GUCGGAGCCAGUCUAUAGCUACACUGUUGCUGCAGCCCUCAGGAGGGCCGGGUGGGGAAUCCCCGCGCCUUCUCUCUGGAUUUUUCUGAGCCGACCUCCUUAUCUCUGUGCCAUGCAACAGGUUACGACUUCCAGUGGGGUCCAGAAGAGCGGGGAGGCCACGCCUCCACUGCGGCGGCUUUACACACAAUGCAGAGCAUCAAGUGUGUGGUGGUGGGCGAUGGGGCUGUGGGCAAGACGUGCCUUCUCAUCUGCUAUACGACUAAUGCCUUCCCCAAGGAAUACAUCCCCACGGUGUUCGACAAUUACAGCGCCCAGAGUGCAGUUGACGGGCGCACGGUGAACCUGAACCUGUGGGACACUGCGGGCCAGGAGGAAUACGACCGCCUCCGCACCCUUUCCUACCCUCAGACCAACGUCUUUGUCAUCUGUUUCUCCAUUGCCAGUCCACCCUCCUAUGAAAAUGUGAGGCACAAGUGGCACCCAGAGGUGUGUCACCACUGCCCUGAUGUGCCUAUCCUCCUGGUGGGCACCAAGAAGGACCUGAGAGCCCAGCCUGAUACCUUACGGCGCCUCAAGGAGCAGGGUCAAGCGCCGAUCACACCGCAGCAGGGCCAGGCACUGGCCAAGCAGAUCCAUGCUGUGCGCUACCUCGAGUGCUCGGCACUGCAGCAGGACGGCGUCAAGGAGGUGUUUGCCGAGGCGGUCCGGGCAGUGCUCAACCCAACUCCGAUAAAGCGUGGGCGCUCCUGCAUCCUCUUGUGACCCUGGCACUCAGCUUGGAGGCUACCCCAUGUCCCCGCACCAGUUGUGCCUUGGCGCCUUGUCUGCCCCCAGCUGUGCCUUAAGGACUAAUUCUGGCACCCCUUCCCGGGGGACUCCCUGAAUGCCUUUUAUUCCUUAAGGAGGUACACAGGGAAAGGGGCUUUGGGCCCCACCCCACUCUGCUUGGGAAUACCAAGUAUUCCAUGAGUUCACCCAAGCCAGGUUGACCUUUCCAAGAGGCCAACCCAGUGCUACCCUCCAUUGCCUGCUACUGACCAGUUCCUCCAGCUUUCCACGAAGUUGUUGCUGCCUAUUGUGGUGCCUCCUGUCAGGUUAGGGGCUCUAACCUCUCUCUGCCUUUGCUCUUGGAGUAGGCUCUCCAAGGUAUUCUCUCCCUCCCUCACGGGAGGAGCCACAGAACCCUGAGAAGAAAACUGCCCUAACCUGCCCCAUGUGCCCAGGCCUCAUGCGUCUGCUGACUGACUCAGGCCCCGUGCUCCUGGGGGCCUUUCCUACCCCCAUCAGCAUCAAUAAAACCUCCUGUCUCAGUG